UGGCCGGAAGUUGAGCCAGUUUGUUUGACGAUCGCUACUUCACACAACGUUGCAGUUUGGGAAGAUGGAGGCCGAGGUGUAUAUGUUAGCGCUUGUGUCAUUGUUGCAAAUGCUCUCAGCCUUAGGAGCAGAGCUGACGUCUGAGGCCUGCAGAGAGAUGGGCUUCUCCAGCAACCUCCUGUGCAGCUCCUGUGACCUGUUGGGCCAGUUCAACCUGAAUCCACUCCAUCCCGUGUGCAGGGAGUGCUGCCAGGAGGAGGCACAGCUGGAGUCCAUUAAGCACUAUCCUGGUGCCAUUUUGGAAGUCUGUGGAUGACGGCUGGGAAGGUUCCCUCAAGUCCAAGCUUUUGUCAGAGGUGACAAGCCAAAGACGUUCAAGGGUCUACAAAUAAAGUAUGUUCGAGGCUCAGACCCUGUGCUCAAGCUGCUGGACAACAAUGGGAACAUCGUGGAUGAACUCAGCAUCCUCAAAUGGAACACCGACAGUGUGGAGGAAUUCCUCAGUGAAAAGUUGGACCGUAUAUAAGACCCCAGUCAUGCAAGAUAGUUUGUUAAACUAUUUUUGUCACAUAUUUGAUAAGUAAAUUCUUUAGUUGAAAUUUCAGUGAUUCCAGUCAUUCCAAAGUAAUUUUAGAUUUGUAUUUCCUCCUCUGACGUUUAACAGACAUUUUCAUUCAAUAAUGUAUAAACCCUGAUAUUUUUGUUUUUUGUUUUGUUUUUUUCAAGUGUGGUGCUCUAUGAACAUGUACUAAUGCAGAGGUGUACGUUAAUGAAGGCCUCUCUGUAAACCAUUACUGGAAUGAUGGGUCUGAAGUCCAGUGUACCUCUCAUGACAUCUAGUAGCAGUAGACCACCUUGUAUGCUUUUCUUCUGUUUCUUUGGGUUUGUCUUUGUGAGUGUUUGUUUGCAAGGGCAGCAGGCACUCAAAAUAAUAAAAUUCUCUAAAACUCA